AUGGACGGGCCGGAAGGCAGUACCGGGCAGCCCGGCCCAGCUGAUCGGUCCCAUCGAAGCAGUGUGUCCUCCGUGGGAGCCCGAGCAGCCGACGUGCUGGUGUACCUGGCGGAUGAUUCGAUGGUGCCCCUGGCCGUGGAGAACCUGCCCUCACUCAGCGCCCAUGAGCUGCAUCGGGCCAUCCGCGAGGUCCUACAGCUUCCAGACAUUGCCCUGGACGCCUUCGCGCUCUGGCUCGUCUCCCCUCUGCUGGAGGUGCAGCUGAAGCCCAAGCACCAGCCCUACAAGCUGGGCCGCCAGUGGCAGGAGCUGCUGCUGCGAUUCACUGACGCCCCAGAUGACGACGUGGCCAUGGAUGAGCCUUCCCUACAGUUCCGGAGAAACGUGUUUUUCCCCAAAUGGCGGGAGCUCCAGAUCCACGACAAGGAGGUCCUGCGGCUGCUCUAUGAGGAGGCCAAGGGCAACGUGCUGGCCGCCCGGUACCCCUGCGACGUGGAGGACUGCGAGGCCCUGGGCGCCCUGGUAUGCCGCGUGCAGCUCGGGCCCUACCAGCCUGGCCAGCCCGCCGUCUGCGCCCUGAGGGAGAAGCUGGACUCCUUCCUCCCUGCCCACCUCUGCAAGCGGGGCCACGGGCUCUUUGCUGCCCUCCGGGGCCGUGGGGCCAAGGCCGGGAUGGGCGAGCAGGGCCUGCUGAAUGCCUACCGCCGGGUGCAGGAGGGAGCCAACAGCGACAGCGAGUGUGAGGCCUCCCUGAGCCCCCACUACCGCGCCUACCUCCUCAAGUGCCACGAGCUGCCCUUCUACGGGUGUGCCUUCUUCCACGGCGAGAUUGACAAGCCAGCCCAGGGCUUUCUGCACCGGGGUGGACGCAAGCCAGUGUCUGUGGCCAUCAGCCUGGAUGGCGUGCAUGUCAUCGACUGCAGGGAGAAGCACGUCCUGCUGGGCCUGCGCUUCCAGGAGCUGUCCUGGGACCACACCUCCCCCGAGGAGGAGGAGCCUGUGCUAUGGCUGGAGUUCGACGGGGACAGCGAGGGCACGCCAGUCAACAAGCUUCUCAAGGUCUACUCCAAGCAGGCCGAGCUGAUGAGCAGCCUCAUCGAGUACUGCAUCGAGCUGAGCCAGGCUGCGGAGCCCGCCGCCUCCCACGAGGCCGGCCCCACCUCAGCCUCUGGCUCCUUACCACCCCCUCACCAGCGCCCCCAGCUGCGGAGGCAGGGCAGUGUGGUGUGCAGCCGCAUCCAGCAUCUCUCCACCAUCGACUACGUGGAGGAGGGCGAGACGAUCAAGCGGGUGAAACCGAAACGCAGCACAUCCUUCUUCAGCCGGCAGCUCUCCUUGGGCCAGGGGAGCUACACUGUGGUGCAGCCCGCCGACAGCCUGGAGCAGGGCUGA